UACGGAUACCCUUUUUCCUAUCAACUACUCUUCAAAGCUCUAUUGUUUAACUUUACCCUCUUUGACGUUUGAAGUGGAGUAGAGGAUAGUGAAAUUCCUUUUGACCUUCAGGUCUAGAUUCUGAACUUCUCUGGCGGUUGCAGAUAAAGCUGUUUAAAAGGGACGGAAAGCAGAGGCAGAGUCUCUCGUAGAGUAGUAGUAGAAGUUGGAACACAAACGGUUGGGGAUUUACAUGGGAGAGGAGAUGGAGUCUGAAAUUAGGAUUUCAGAACUAGUCCAUGACGGAUCUCCUUAUUUUCCUCUCCAAGACGACGAUACCGUUAAAUAUGAUGAUUCUCGGUUGAAGCAGCUCGGCUACAAGCAAGAGCUCAGUCGAAGCCUCAGUGCUAUCUCGAAUUUCUCUGUGACAUUCUCCAUCAUUUCGGUGAUCACUGGUCUGACGACCACGUUCAACCGGCCUGACGUUCGGGGGGACGUUGACAAUGGUCUACGGAUGGCCAAUCGCUGGCUUCUUCACCCUCAUCGUAGGUCUCUCCAUGGCCGAGAUCUGCUCUUCCUUCCCGACCUCCGGGGGCCUUUACUAUUGGAGCGCAAAGCUCAGCGGCUACUAUUGGGGCCCUUUCGCUUCCUGGCUCACUGGCUGGUUUUUUAAUUGCCCUUUGUUUUAUAUGGUCCACGUCAAAUGGUGACAGCUCAGUGUAACCAUGCAUAAUUACACGGAGAAUAUCUUAAUACAAAAGCAUCUUUGCUCGAAGGGGUUUUCCCUCUACAUAACCUUUAAGAGGUGUUUGUUAGAAUUUAAAAGUGGGGAGAGGGGAGAAAUGGAUUGGGCAUGGCAUUUGGCUAUAGGUAAGGACUGUAAGGUAGGCUUGAGAUUACCCUUCAUGGUGGCAUGUAAGGGCCUCUACCAAGGUUUAAGAUUCGAAAUUUGGUGUUAGAUUAGUCUCCAUUGGUCUUGUUCAAAAAUUUCGAGAGUGGUUUGUACUUGUUCCAACUCUAUCAAACUUAUUAAGUAUAGAAUUUGUUGAUUCUAUUGAUUCUGAAUUGAUUUUUAAAACUUUGGGCUCGACUCUUGUCAUGUAGAAUUGGUAAAUUUUUUAUUCUCUAAUCCCAUAGGGUUUUCAAAAAAAAUUCUCACUUUUUUCUUUCUUUCUUUCUUUUUUUUUUUUUUUCUUUUUUUUAGUAAUACAAUGGGGUGGGGGAGGCUUGAACUUGAGACCUCCAGGGAACUUGCACUCUACCGGCAAGGUCCAACGAGGCACGCUAGCAUUUGGCUUCAAAUAAAUUGUCUCUUUAUCUCUUAAGGAUAUAUAAAUACAUGAGUUAAGUCAAGAAAACAACAUCCCUGUCAUUUCAACUUAUAACUAAUUUCCCUCCAAGGGAAAGCAUUAUCAAUGAUAUUUGGAUUUGGGAAACGGCCCAUUGACUAUGGACUUAGAUGGGAUGGGUCAUUAGGUUUUGUAUGUUCGCCGACAUGAGUUGUUAGCCGUGGGAAUAUAUUUGUAUCAUGUUAUUCUAAAUGUAUAUUUUUGGUGUAAGUUUGCAUGGUUAUACGGAGUCUAUCACCAUCUGAUGUGUAUCAUAUAAGACAAAGGGUAGUUAUGAUUUUAUGGUAAAAAAAAGUUGCAUUACCAUUUAUACUCCUACAGGAUGAACAAGACUGGCCUUAUUGUACGGAGAAGGAUAAAUUAUGUAUAAUGAUGUUAUGUGCAAUCAUUAUUGGUUACACUGAGCACAUCUCUUAUUUAAAAUAUACACAAGAAUUUCCUAAUCCCCCCUAUACGGGUAAACAAGGAACAUCCUAUCUAACGAAGCUGAUGAGCCCACACCCUCUUCAUUUUCUUAGUGUAAAGAACCCCCACCAUGGUUUCAAGUAUCACUAUUGUAUUGGCUAUAUUAUAUCAGUAUCGGUUGAGAUCGAUCCCUAAUCCUUGACCAAUUUGGAUCGGUUACCCGUAUCAUUUCAAAGGUAAAACAGUAAAAAAAAAAAGUAUUUUUUUUGAAAAGCAAGGGGCAAAAGUGACUAAUUCCUACUUAUCCUCUCCGAUACAGAUCUGGAUCAGAUCGGUAUCAACGGAGACCAAUAUCGAUAUUGAUAUUGAUAUUGAGAACUAAAUCCAUGACCCCCACCUUACUCUCCUUAGGCAAGGAGGGUAAGGAGGGUAAAUGGGUCGGUCGUAUAACGUGCAUUUAAGGUUAUAGUUGGCAUAGCCAGUGAGAUAGGAUCUGCUGCUCGUACGAUCACCUGGUCGUACAAGUCAGCAUCCAACACUUGUCCUUCCUUUUAUCAUUACAAGGAUAAAAAGGGGUAUAUUUGAAAAUAAAAAGGACAGAUGUUGGAUGUUGACUCGUAUAACCAGGUGAUCGUACGAGCAGCUGAUCCAUUUUCUAGCCAUUUACUUUGAUAAUAGUAAAAUUAAUAUAGUUUAUAGUAGUGGUUAUCUAGAUCAUAACAAUUUUGAAAACUAUUUUCUUUUUUUAAUGGGGAAAAAAUGAAUAUUUGCUUGUGGUGAUUCACUUGAUCAAUUAUGAGUAGAAAACUUCCAUUUUCUUCCAUGAGAUUUCGUUGGGGAGAUGUAAUUAUACCUUUCGUGAAAAUUCUGAUUUGACUGUCAUCAUCAGAAAAAUGACUUGAUCAUCCAAUGAGUUUCAAAGGGAAAAAAAAAAAAAAAAAAACUUUAUUUGAUUUAUCCUCAUUCCUAUUUAUAGUAGAUUUAUGGGGUGGGGCCAUCCCAUGUGGGAUGUUUGGAUAGGAUUAUUAGGAUAUUUUGUGUGACAAUGAUUGUAAAGUUAGUUUGGUUUUCAAGGAAAUAAUCAAGUAGUUCAAUCUGAACAUCGUACAUGGUUCAUGGGAUGGGUCCGCACAUGCAAAUCAUAAUACAAAAGGUGUGAGAAAAAUCAAAUAAAUCUUUACAAUUAAUCUAUCCAACCAUUUCCCUAGCCGCUUGUACGUCGUCUUUGUCUGGGUUGAUUUCCUUUUGUGUUCUAUCUUUAUUUGUUAUAUUUGAAGAAAGGAAUUUUGUACC